AUAUAUAAGAACUUCAUGUAGCAGGAUGAACAACGACCCUCGAACAUUAAGACGUUUAUUAAGUUUACUAUCAUUUGCUAUUAUGAUGUAUGUUGCUGCUAUUCUCUGCGCUGCGUUGCCUUUUGUGUAUGGGCAAGCAGAAAUCUGGUUCCAAUGUGGCGGAGCUGGAUGGACGGGAGAGACUUCCUGCGUUGUCGGCAUCUGUUGUAUCGCAUCGAACCCUUGGUAUUCUCAAUGUCUUCCAUGCCCUGAAAGUACAAGCAUCCCUUCGUCAAGCAUUGCCGUAACAAAGCCUCCAGCAACGUCAACUACCUCAACUAAAACGGACACUCAGCCAACUGGAGUCUUCACCAACCCCGUAAUCUAUGAGGACUUCGCCGACAAUGAUAUAUUCCUCGGUCCAGAUGGUGCCUACUACUUCUCAGCGUCGAAUAUGCAUUACUCCCCAGGGGCUCCCAUUCUUCGGUCUUAUGACUUAAUAAACUGGGAAUUUAUCGGACAUUCCGUUCCUACCUUGGACUUCGGCGAUGCUUACAAUAUGGUUGGAGGCACUGCCUACAGAAGAGGUACCUGGGCCUCGACGUUAAGAUACCGAAAAAGCACCGGAUUGUGGUACUGGUAUGGAUGCAUUGAUUUCUGGAACUCCUAUGUCUACACCGCUCCUGCAGUGACCGGUCCAUGGAAACAGGUAGCAAAAUUCGAGGCAACAUGUUUUUACGAUUGUGGUCUCCUCAUCGACGAUGAUGAUACGAUGUAUAUCGUAUACGGCAGCAACGAUGUCAGCGUGGCGCAGCUUUCGAGCGAUGGCCUCACCAUUGCGAAGACAGAGAAAGCGUUUUCGUACCCGUCUCCCUUUACCGGUAUUGAAGGAAAUCGCAUGUACAAGAGGAAUGGGAUAUAUUACAUCCUUGACGACGCACCUGCUGAGGGCGCAACACUGAUCUGGAAGUCCACUAGCCCAUGGGGCCCUUGGACCGAAAAGACACUUCAAACGGCUAUUCCUGGGCCGUCUGAGCUUGGUGGAGGCACGCCCUGCCAAGGAAGUUUAGUCGAGACCCCCGAAGGCGACUGGUAUUUCAUGUCAUUCAUCUGGUCAUAUCCGUCAGGCCGACUUCCCGUUCUCGCUCCUAUUACUUGGGGCUCGGACGACUUCCCCAUUUUGACGCAAGUUGGUGGGAAAUGGGGCUCGUCAUACCCAAACCCCCUACCCUCCCACCCGCUCGCAUCCUGGCUAGGCACCGACACCUUUCAGGGAACCAGCCUCGGCACUGAUACGACGAAGUAUACCGUUAACAAUGGGCUAACGCUAUCUACUGCUACUGUUACCAACGAUCUGUUCGAGGCACGUAACACGCUCACGCACCGCGUAUUCGGUGCUGUCUCUAUUGGCACCGUUAUCUUGGAUACAAGUAACAUGGCCGACGGAGACGUCUGCGGCUUAGCUGCCUAUCGCGACUGGACCGCCUACAUCGGCAUUUCUCGCAACGGGAGCACGUACACGAUUUCUAACGUGCAGGGCAUGAAGCAGGAUUCGGCGAACAACUGGGUGACGCUUACGGAUGGGACAACGACGGCCAGCGCGACGAUUACGAAGGGGAGGGUCUGGCUUAGAGGCACGGUGCAAGCUGCUCAGGUGAGCUCGCACGGGGUAUCUUUUGAGUACAGCCUCGACGGGACUACCUUUAAGCCGCUUGGGGGGAGUUACACGAUGAAUACUGAUUAUAGUUACUUUAUUGGGUAUAGAUGGGGGAUUUUUAACUUUGCAGAGAAGGCGCUAGGUGGAUCGGUGAAGGUGACAUCAUUUACGCUUGCGUAAUGAAGAGAUUUUGCCACAGUAUAUAUCUUCGUUAUUUACAUAGUCAUAUUUGUCUCUAGCCUAAAUAGCAGGAGGAGACUAAACUUUCACCUGGGUGCAGAUAAGACUACAGUAGGCAUAGCGUAGUACUAUAAUAUGUUAUUAGAAACUAAACGGACU